GCCUCGCAAGUUCAGCUCAAUAGGUGUAUUUUUAUUUUGGUCCAGUCAAAAAUCGUUCACGGCAAUAAAAUUGACAAGUGAUAUGAUAUCGGCAAGUCUUUGAUUUGGUUUCUGUUUUACCGUGACGAAGGGAAAUAAAAUGUACAGGGACAAUUAAUUAUAUAAUAGGUUAACUUGAUCGUGAACAAGAUGGUGAUGGGGCUGCGAUUUCGACUUCAGCGGCACACGGUCCACCCAUCCGAGCCCUCCAAGCCAGUCCAGAACCAUGUCGGUCCGCCCAAGCCAUACGGCUCGUGGUGUACCCCUGAGGCUUCUCCAGCUCAUGUGCCCAUUACACACACAAAUUCUAACAACGAAACUAAGACAGAAAUUCGGGAUUUGAACGCUCAAUGCAAAGGAAUUCUAUUGCCACCGAAGAAAGUCCGCCUGUUCCCAUCAAGUCCCCCGCACGAGUACAAAGGCAACACCGUGAUUUUCGAAGAUGACGAAACUGAGCUGAAAGACUUCAAGCGUUCUGAAAUUAUUGGAGAGCCUCCUAAAUGGAAUCAUCCAGAGAAGAAGCCGCCUGCCGUAGAAACUCCACAAAGCCCGGUACCAUCCUCGCCGUCCCGCGCCAAGAAAUGCAAGGGCUUCUUCAGGCUGCCCGACUGCUGCGAUCCCUUCGUCACUAUCGAUCCUCAAGGACGUCUCUACAUCACCUGGCUUCUCCUGGUAACAUUCUGCUACUGCUACAACGCCUGGUGCAUCGUUCUACGAGCCACAUUCCCUUACCAGACCCCAGAGAACACCGUCCACUGGAUGAUGGCCGACUACUUCUGCGACCUGGUGUAUCUGCUGGAUGUGGCGUUUAUCAAACCCAGGCUCAUGUAUCUCCAUGAAGGGUUCUGGGUAGAUGAUCCUGGAGAGACUAGGAGAAAUUAUAGGAAGAAAAUACAAUAUAAGUUCGAUAUAAUCUCCCUCACUCCACUGGACUUCCUGUACUUCUACUUUGGGACGCAUAUGGUCAUCUUGCGCUUUCCUCGGCUGCUGAAACUGCAAACCUUCUGGGAGUUUAAUAUAGCUGUCGACAGAGUACUGUCUUCACCAUAUGUGGUCCGCAUCGGCAAGACUCUGGUGUACAUAUUUUACCUGAUCCAUCUGAACGCAUGCGCGUACUACACCAUGAGCGCCUACGAGGGUCUCGGCAUCAACAAUUGGGUGUAUGACGGCCAGGGCAAUGCUUACAUUCGGUGCUUCUACUUCGCCACCAAAACUGCCACUUCUAUAGGAAAGAACCCGAAACCGGAGAACCCUGGAGAGUACAUGUUCAUGACUGUUGCUUGGCUGAUGGGUGUGUUUGUAUUCGCUCUGCUCAUAGGCCAGAUACGAGACAUCAUUGCCACCGCUACUAGAGCUCGGACGGAUUAUCGUAAGAGGGUGGACGGGUGCACCCGAUACCUGCGAAAGCUGAACAUGCCCGCGUCUCUUCAGCAGCGUGUGACGUGCUGGUUUAACUACACUUGGAACGAACAACGGUGCUUCGACGAGUCAAACAUAUUGAACACGCUGCCGCACAACAUGAAGCAGGAUGUUGCUCUAGAAGUGCAUAUGUCUACGUUAAGCAAGGUGGAACUAUUCCGUGACUGCUCGGACUCUCUACUGCGUGACCUGGUUUUGAAGCUACGACCCGUCUCCUUUCUGCCUGGGGACGUGAUCGUGCGUCGUGGGGAUGUUGGCCACCAGAUGUACAUUAUAAAAUCUGGACAGUGCUACGUGAUGUCGCCAGAUGAAAACGAAGUACUGGCUACACUCGGCGAAGGUUGUGUUUUCGGAGAGAUCAGUUUGCUCGGCAUUGAUGGGAUGAGACGACGAACCGCUACAGUCAGGUCACGUGGUUACUCGAACCUGUUCGCAUUGUCCCGCAACGAUCUAUACGGUGCGUUACUUCACCACAAGGAGGCGGCUCUCGUGCUCCGACGGCGUGCUGACCAGAUCAUCCGGCAGAAUGCGGCGAGGCACGCUCAGCAGCGUAUGGCCGAGCGACAGGCAAGGAAAUCAGCUAGUAUCAACGAGGAAACCGGCCUAAGGAGGCGGCGGAACUCGAGCCUGUCUAAAAAGUCAAACGAGAGCGGUGGCGGGGGCGGAGGACUAACCGCGGGGACGGAAGCGAGGAGGCUACGAGCUGCCAGUGCACUGUCCAGGAGAAAACUUUCCGUAGUCUCAGAAAACAAGACACUGAAUUGCGAAGAAUCAUCCGAAAGUCACGAAGACGAUACAACAGUAGUGGCCCGUCUGCGAGGUCCUGUACCGAAAAUCGUUUUCUCGUCGGAUUAAUCGAGUCGAACAAGAUUCUUAAGGAAGACACAUGAAGCUAGGCUAUUACUGGCUAUGAAGACUCCAAACAUCUCUAAACCAACCUUUACAAGGUCGAGUCUUGUGGAAUGACUAUGUUAUCAAUGGGGCUUUACCGUAUUUUAUUGGAGCAGUAUUUUAAUGUUUUAGAAUAGGUCAUCGGUGUCAAAUUAUUCUACGUCUAGCUGACGGUAUCUAAUGUACGAGUACUACGAGUAUACUAAAUCUGUGAUUCCUUCAAUUAAGUACUUAAAACCUGUGUUUCUAAAAGCCCCACGUUGGGCGCCAUUUUACUUUGGUUAUAGUUUUUUAGUAAAAAAUAUAUAUUCCGUUUUUUCUUUCGUGGAUUUACAAUCUGUGGUAAGAUAGUUUUUUGUUUUAAUGUGGAAGCUCAAAUUCCUUCUAUAUGACUUUAAUAUUGUAAACUUAGACUUAGAUUAAGAGUGUCUAUGGUAUUAAAAGUAAAUACGUAUGACGUAUACCUAGAUAUUAGAUUCUAGUCAAGAACAAAAAAUAGUGUCAUUUGACGUUUCGGCGAAUAAGGUUUUUAUGUAUUUAUUCUAUAAAAAUAAAUCAAAAACAAUUCUGAGUAAGGAAAAAAACAAAUGUGAUUUUGGCUGAUUAUUAUUUUUUUACUAAAUGUCUAUGAUGAUCUAAUAAAGAGUGUCUAGCAUCAA